CACCCACCCCCCCCUCCCGAAAGGAAGGGUGUGUGGCACAGGAACCACAACAACGUUCUGCUACGGUGUUCCCAAGCUGCCCUACUCCUGUGUUGCCUUCCGUGGCGCAAGGGCUGGACGCCACCUUCCUCAGUAGGAAGCCCCGUACUGGUGUGUAGGUGUGAGGCGGGAAAAGCCAACACCCGUGAUGGUGGUGCCUGAGGAGGAUUCAUGCUUGGCUGGCUAAAGAAAAGAGCCAGAGGGAGCAUCCAGGCGCGCUACAUCAGCUGUCUCCUGCGUCGCGACCUGGCCCAAGCAGACAUGUUCGUGGCCGAGCCAGUACAGUCCCUGCUCAGCCACAACCUCAAGCUGGUUGUGCUGAACAGCGAGGGCCGUGACUACUCCUUGGAGGUACCAACAGACAUGACAGUAGAGCAAGUGAAGAAAAUGGCAGUAGGUCACUUCUUCAACCCUUUGGAGGCAGUUGGAGGGGAUGACCGAACAUCUGCAGAUGGCUGUAAGACAGGAGGUGGAGGGCGGUCAUACCGGCUGGUACUGGUGCGAGAGGCACGACCUCUCAUGGAAGCCAACUCCAUUCAGCUAGAACAACUCCUUGACAAUGAUGAGCUGCUGCUGGUGGAGCGUCGUGAGGCACCUCCUGCAAAUGAAUUAGUCCUGGAAACCACAGCUGAUGCUCCUACCUUGGCACAGAUAACUGCUGUCACAGCACAGUUGCCAAAGAGGAACUACAUUCAUGAUACAGAUGCUGGCCAGUACUCAGAUGAUUUCCAGACAGAGCUCAGACGCAUCCUGGUGACCAUGAUCGAAGCCUCCGUGCGCCUCAUCAGUGCCAAUCCAGAUUCAGAAGAAAUCUUCAGCCAGAUUUUGGACAAAUUGGAGCGUCGCCAUCGCCCACAUGUGGAUCGCAACGCUCUGCGUCAGCUUACAGAAAUGGGUUUUCCCGAAGCUAAAGCCACCAAGGCUCUUCAGAUCAGAAGAAACGUGAUGGAAGCAAUGGAAUGGCUGCUGGAACGGGGAAGUUUAGAAGAGGUAGAUGGUGACUGCAUUUUUGGAGGAGCCAAGAAUGCUGCUGGUGAUACUACCUCCAGCUCAACCACUACAGGCACCACCACUGCCACCACCACCACUGCCUCCUCCUCUACUAGUCCUACCCACAAUCCUGUACACAAUGAUGUGCCUCAGGAUCCUGCCCAGAAGGUUCUCAAAACUUUCCUUCAGUACAGGAAAAAGUGGUUCCAGCCCAAUCCACAAGCCCUCCAGGAGCUCAAAGGUAUGGGCUUUGGAGAAGAGGAAGCCAUCAAUGCUCUCCGAGUUAGUGGCAAUAAAAAGGAAGUUGCGUGUGACAUCUUGCUGGGCUCCCAAUCAGUGAUGACGGAUGACCAGGGGCUGGACCGAGACUCACCCAUCAUCUCUGCCAUUCUUUCUUCCCCCGUCAUUCAGCUAGCAUUGCCAAAGCCAAAAACAUUGCUAGCAUUGAUGAUGUGGUAUGACAGCCCCACUCACCCCAGCAUGUGGCUCAGUGAUCCAGACACUCAUCCGUUUGUGAGCCAGGUUAUCCGUAUCUACCAUGCAGAGAAGCAUAGCCUCAACAGGGGUCGCUUGCCCCCACCAGCAGUCUCUUCUGCUACCUCCACUGACUCAUCAGCAUCCAAUUCUUCUUCUUCCUCUAUCUCAUCAUCCGAACCCGGUGUUCUAAGAUUUAUGAGCCGUCCUGGAGUAACCAGUGGUCCUGGAGGUGGUGUAACUACUACAUAUGGAUUUUCUGUGAGAACUAGUGAAGGACAACCUCAUCCUCAAUUUUCAUCCUCCCUAACACCAGGCCAGUGUUCCCAGAUAUUUAUUACUGUACGAAAUGGUAGUGGUGGUGCAUCUGAGCAGCCUCUGAGCUGGCUCUCCACCUCGGCAACCAACCAUCGUUCCUCUCCCUCCCGAACCAUUCCCUCAGCACUGACCCCCUCACAGGUUGCCAGAAUUAACCCUGAAGAGCCAAUGUCCCACUCUGGAUCACCCAUUAGGUCCUCAGUGGCAGGUCGGGGAGGGUCAGAGGUGCCAAAUGGAGUAAGCAUGAAUUUGGUGGAGCAGAGUCCUCUCUACAAUAUGACCGUAGAACAACACCCUGCCCCUGAUGUUGAGAUGGAAGACUCACCCACAGACUCACAGGCCAUGGACACACAGUAAUACAGAUGCAAAGAGAAUGCCAAAACAUGAAGAUUUGAUGGCAUUAGUGAUAUUCAUACCUUACUAUAUCACAAUCCUCAACAUCUGUCUGUAAGCUGCACAUCAUUACACUGCCUGUAGUUUGUGUGUGCCAUAGGCAGAUGGAGCUACUUUUGAACAUGUUUGCAGUGGUUCCUGUUUUGUAAUGCAUGGAACUUGCAAUGGUGACUGUACCCCUUUUUGAUAUAAAUUUACAAGAAUGCAGUUAAUAGGCUGUGUACCAUAUAGCAAACACCAAGGAUGCUGGUCUUGUGAUGGGAACUGAAUCUGUGUCUUACUUCAGACAUAUCACUUUAGACCACUUCAUCCUGCCAUUAUAGAAGCAAAAUACAGAACAGUUCACUAAAUUGUCAACUUACACUAAAAACUUUUUUUGACAUGCUUGGUUGAGGUGAGAACUAGAAGAUCCAAAAAUUAUUGAAUUUACAAGCAAAUGAUGUAGCAUAGAUUUUUAUAUGGAAACAAUAGAGUAAGAAAACAUCCUCCAAUGAAAUGACUUCUAAAUUUAUAAACGUUGGUGAUCUAAAACUUUCAUCAUUUACUUAGAUUUAGAUGGAUGUCAUGCCUACAACCCAGGAAGGCUUACUGACAAUCUUCACUAUCAAAAAAUUUUGGUGCUAUAUAUUUUGAUUUACCAAAGUUUAGAACAAAAAAGUGAGACAGCAAGCCAUUGCUGCCACAGUGUAAAAUUUUGCUACAUCACACUAAUAAGAAUUAAUUGACCAAUAAACCCCAAACCCUUCUUUGUACUAGUUACUUACUGGAAAAAUGCCAGCAGUUGGCACAAUAGUCCCUUUAUUGCACACAGGGAACCCAGCUUGUGAACCUGCAGUGUAUAUAACUAAAGCAGGUACGAGUAUAACUGCAGUGUGCAUACAUGACAGCAGUCUUGAUUCAUUGUGCUCCACUCAAUGCUUGAUUUGUGUUAAGUUUAAACCAGCGUGUUCAUGCAGUACUUGGUGCAGGUGUAUUCGUACACAUUGGGCCAGUGGCAGGUCUGAUGAGUUUCAACCCUCAUACCCAGCAAGUGUAUUUUGAAGUCUAGUCUUCAAGUCCUUCAGACUGUCAUAUAGUUAUUAACAGCAAACGUUUAUCCAAGAAUGACAGGUUUUUGAGUAAUUAAGUCUUCUGCAGCAGGGUUGUGCUUGAUUUUGUAGUCCUGAAAAGAAGCAAAAUGUGCAGUUAUGGUUAAUUAGUGUAUACUUCAAAUAAAUCACUAAGAAAUCACCAGUGUGUUACUGAAUAUCAGCAAUUGCUCAGUCGUAGUAAUUUUAUUUAAUCAUUCAUACUCUGAUGGCAACUACAAUAAAAUAAAACUGCAGUUAUCAAUGUCAAUUAUAAAUCUUCCAACAUCAUGAAAACAACCUUUGCUGCUUUCACUUUAUCUUUCAAGCCACAGAAGGAUUAAGUACAGUCUUUUGUUCAAUCUUAUUUUAUCCAUGGACUAACAUGUUUUUAUUUUAUUGUUUACCACUCACCUCAAAAGCAAGUUUUGUGAAAAGUUGUACACCGUACAAGAUGUUUGUGAGGUCUUAUAUAUCUUAGUAUAUACUGGCAUUCACAUGUCAUAUGUGGAAAGUUACACAGCUUUGCUCUCACUCAGACUGUUCACUGCUAUAUUAACUUUAUUAUUUUACUCAUAAAUGAUGCUGUGAUGAUGUAGGUAUUUUAGCUUUCUGAAUAUGUUAAUAAAUAUUCAACACCUGAGAUAAUUUUACUGUAUACAAAAAUGGGUGCAUGCUAAGCUAAGAUCCACUUUAAAGGGAAAGAACUUCACCAAGAUGCCAUAUAUCACUGAAGAAAUAAAAAUACAGAGGAGAGAAUCUCAAACCUCUCCUAGGACCUCUGUGAAAGUGUGGCUUGUUUCUUGUGAAAGUGAACAGAGUUCUUCAAAGAUGAUAAUGGAUAAUCUGUCUCUGAAACUCAGCAAACCUGAUGGUAUGGAUCAUAGAUUAAAUACAAUUUUUCACACAUGACCUUUAGCUUUGGUCUCAAAGUUGAUAUGUUGUCUCUGUGGUGCUCAAAAAAACAAAGUGUUAGAAGCAGUAAGAAAGAAAUAAAAUUUAAGCCAAA